UCUUUGAAGGUUCUAAAAACGUCGAUGUCUUAUCUCACGAUGUUGCGCUCUUUCAAUUGAUUAUACCGACAUCAUCUAUGUUAUCCAGCAGCUUGUUAAUAAAAUUUUAAAAGUUACACAUGACUUUAUCGUAACAGUUUCUGCUAUUAAUUUGGAAUUAAUUUAAAAAUACCGAAGAUAUAUGAUAUAUGGAAAGUUUUAAUUUUAGAACUUGUACCUUUCACCGCAAAUUCGUAAUAACCAUUAGAAAAUGCUGCGUGUUUUGUUUCACGACCUAAUUGUCCAAGAACGCUUUAGAUAUAGUCGCUACUUAGAAAUUCAGUUUGUUCAGUUCUUAGCAAAGCUGCGAGAGUUUACACGUGUAACAGUAAAGAGGAGGAGGAGAAAGAGGAGAGUACACUAAAGGAGAAUAAUUACGGCGUUUAUUAUUAUAAUGGCAGGAAGGCAUAUACGCCUCGCAUAUACGCGUUGCAACACAAAGAAUCGUUAAUGUCCAUGAGCUUUUCACUGAAUUCACAAGUAAUCGUUGAUUAUUUGCCUAAUAUUUCCGACAAUGAAAACGCAAAGAAGCAUUUGGCAAACUCAUUAUUAUGCGGGACUCAGGAUGUAUAUGACAUUAGUGGGAAUAUGGCCAUAUCACACGAUCGGCACUAAGUGUUUGCAUUUCGUGACGAUGUUUACGUUCUGCUUCAGUAUCCUUAUACCCCAGGUGCUAUAUCUGCUAAACGGCUUGAUCGACCUUGAUGAUGUGUUUGAAUGCGUGCCGUCGAUGGCAAUCACCAUAGUAUUCAGCUCUAAGUUAGUGAUCAUGAUGAUAAACAAUAAAAAAGUAGAUAAAAGAGCCUGUUUUAAGACGAUAGAGGAGGAUUGGCUGUCGCUGAAUACGGAUAUCGACAAGGCUAUCUUGCAACAGUACACCAAAUACGGACAAUAUCUGACGAAAUUUUACGCAAUAAUUAUGCUUGUUCCGGCACUGUUCCACAUACUCAGGCCUUUCAUCACGACGCUACUGAAAAACGAUAUCGAGAACAUAACAAAAUCAUCGAUACCAGGAGCGUCGAAAUUGCCCUAUCGCGUCGAAUAUGGUGAGAAAUUGAAUCAGCAUUUUUAUUUGAUAAUGCUUCACUGUUGUCUAGCUGUAUUCGCUCAUCUUAUCGCCACGGUCGCGGUUGAUGGAUUCUAUUAUACUAUGAUCCAGCAUGCCUGCGGAAUGUUUUCGAUUAUCGGAAACAUGUUGGAAAACAUUGGCAAAAAUGAUGACGACAAUUUUCAUUUAGAGAUAAAAACAAUAAAAGAUGACAAUUAUCACAUGGCACUGAACUGUCUGCGUAGGCAUCUUCGCGUAUUAGAAUUUGCUAAAUUAAUCGAGUCUAUAUUUACGAAUAUGUUUCUGAUAAGUGUAAAUAUAAAUAUGCUUGGAGGCAGUUUAUGCGGUAUACGGGUGAUAAUGAAUUUAAACAACGCAAGCAAUAUUGCAGCACCUUUAUCUGUCUAUUUUGCGCAACUCGCUCAUCUCUUUCUACAAUUCUGGCAGGGCCAAUUUCUAUUGAGCUUCAGCGAUGUUCCAUACGAAUCUAUUUGCAGAGGAAGAUGGUAUUGUACUUCACGAAAAUGUAGGAAGAUUUUUCUUUUAAUUAUGAGCAGAACUAUGUUACCCUGCAAAAUAACUGCCGGCAAAAUCAUGAUCUUAUCAAUCGAAAGUUUUAGCGCGGUUCUAAAAACGUCGAUGUCUUAUUUUACGGUACUACGUUCCUUCCAGUGAUAAUGUCAUCUCAAGAAAAGUAGUCAUUACUAAU